GUGCAUUAUUCAAACCAAACGGAGAGCAAUGGGAAAGCAUUGCAUUAAAAUAGUGUCUUGUUCAAAAAUUGUACUGGUGGGACUACUGUUGCAUCAACUACAUGCAUUUCGCUUACAGUGCAGGCUGUUUCCAGAGUUGUGUGCACUGGAGAAUUGGAACCCGAGCGAGGAGGGAUAUUUUGUAUUGAAUUACUUACCGAAAUCACUACAUAUGCUAAAAAUGAACAAUCUUAUUGUGCCGUGCAUAGAUGGUACGUUUCUUUCCGAGGCCAGUCGCUCAUUACGUGGCAUUAUAGUAGACAAGUCCAGCGCAGUUAAAUCUUUGUUCGUAUCGAAAAACUCUACAAUUAAAAUCAUCAAAAUCAUAGAAACACAACUUAGCAAGUUGCAUUUUGAGCGAAACUAUGCGCUACAGCAGGUGCUAAUCGCAAAAUGUACCUUGAAAGAGAUUCCAGCUUCGGUGCAUAAUUUGAUCAAUUUGGAAAGCUUUACUAUUGGUGAAGCUUUCAUCAUGACGGUUGAUUUAAAUUACUUUAUUGGAUUGGCCUGCCUCAAUACACUGCAGGUGGAGAUGAACAGUGUGAAUAGUGUAAUCGGCCUUAUGCUGCAGACUAACUCGACCGAUUUAACAACACUUAAAUUGUGGUAUAAUCAAUUAACAACAUUCCAGUUCGAUCUAGUGAAACCAUUUCAAAAGCUACACACGCUAAAUAUUGCGCACAAUGUAAUUAGAUCAGUGGUCGGAAAUUUGACAAACCAAUCGCUUCGGUACUUUGCAAUUCAACAUAAUCUUGUAUCCAAGCUAGACUUCUGUACAUGGAAUCAAAUAGUCAGCCUUGAAUGGCUAAGAAUUGGACAUAAUCGGCUAAGGUAUGUUCCAAGCUGUCUUACAACAUUUCCUAACGUAACACUACUCGAUUUGAGCUUCAACUGGAUCAACCAUGUUCAAAUGCAUAUGUUUGUUGGAUUAAAUAACCUAAAGGACCUUUAUUUGGGUGGCAAUAAGCUAACGUCCUUCGAGUUUGGUACAGAUAUAGUUUUGCCCAAUUUAGUUCAAUUGCGCCUACAGAAAACGUGCUUGUGUCGUUUCAACGAAUUGGAAGCAGUGCAGGAACGGAUGCCGAAGAUGAAUAUUAUUUUCAUUGAUUUCUAUGGUGAAAAUUGCAAUGAUUGUUAAAUAAAGAUAGAUUUACG